CUUCGCCCAAAUCUCCCGACUCCCGCGUGAGUGACUCACUUUGGCCUAAGAUUCAUUAUACAAGUGUCCUCUUCCUGUCUCGAUAUUCAUCGAAAACUUUUUGUUCUCGAACCUCAAUUCCAAAAAAAAGAACACCAUGGACGCAAUCAAGAAGACUUUCGCGCGAUGCAAGAAGGAGGGCAGGUCGGCCCUGGUUACAUACGUGACUGCGGGUUAUCCCACCGCCGAGGCUACACCUGACAUCAUGCUCGGAAUGGAGGCUGGUGGCGCCGACCUUAUAGAGCUUGGUAUGCCCUUUACUGAUCCGAUCGCCGACGGUCCGACCAUUCAGAAGUCCAAUACUCAAGCCCUUAAGAAUGGUGUGACAACUGAAGGAUGCCUUCAAAUGAUUCGAGACUCCCGAAAGCGAGGUCUUAGAGCCCCGGUACUGUUGAUGGGAUACUAUAACCCAGUUCUGAGUUACGGCGAAGAGCGUAUGAUGAAGGAUGCAAAGGAGGCAGGCGCUAAUGGAUUCAUUAUCGUUGAUCUGCCUCCAGAGGAAGCUGUUCGCUUCAGAAAUUACUGCACCAGUUUCGGGCUAUCCUACGUCCCUCUGAUCGCUCCCGCUACCUCGGACCACCGCAUGCGCGUCCUCUGCAAGAUUGCUGAUUCGUUCAUCUAUGUGGUCUCCCGCAUGGGGGUCACAGGCGCAACAGGGACCCUGAACGCGGCUCUCCCACAAUUGCUCGAGCGAGUCCAUAAAUACUCUGGGAAUGUUCCAGCCGCGGUUGGAUUUGGCGUCAGCACAAGGGAUCAUUUCUUGAGCGUUGGAAAGAUUGCUGAAGGUGUGGUUAUUGGCAGCCAGAUUGUGAACGUUAUUGGAGAAGCUGCUCCAGGCGAAGGCGCGAAGGCAGUCCAGGAAUAUUGUAGCAAGAUCACCGGUCGGGACACGAGUCAAAAUAGCGCAACCAGGGAAGUGGGUAUCGUGGAGACUCUAGCCGAGGCCAAGGAACCGAACAACGUGACAGUUGACAAGGUCAUCACCGAUACCGACACGCCUAGUGGCCCGGGGCUUGCUGACCAGAUCGAGGCUUUAAACUCUGAUGGGUUUGAGCAUGAGCACUCAAUUCCGCCCCGGUUUGGAGAAUUUGGAGGUCAGUAUGUACCUGAGUCGCUUAUGGACUGCCUUGCCGAAUUGGAAGAUGGUUUCAACAAAGCGAAAGACGAUCCAGAAUUCUGGGAGGAGUAUCGAUCAUAUUAUCCGUAUAUGGGGCGCCCUGGACAACUGCACCUUGCUGAACGACUUACCGAGCAUGCUGGAGGGGCGAAUAUCUGGUUGAAACGCGAGGAUUUGAAUCAUACUGGCAGCCAUAAAAUUAACAACGCUCUCGGCCAAAUUCUUCUUGCUCGAAGAUUGGGUAAAACUGAAAUCAUCGCCGAAACAGGAGCAGGCCAGCACGGUGUUGCGACCGCCACGGUCUGCGCUAAGUUUGGCAUGAAAUGCACCAUAUAUAUGGGUGCAGAGGAUGUCAGGCGCCAGGCCCUAAACGUCUUCCGCAUCAAGCUCCUAGGUGCUCAAGUCAUUGCCGUUGAAGCGGGCUCGCAGACACUCCGGGAUGCAGUCAACGAGGCCUUACGAGCCUGGGUUGUUCACCUCUCCACAACUCACUACAUCAUCGGUUCUGCAAUCGGCCCUCAUCCUUUCCCUACUAUUGUCCGAACUUUCCAGUCAGUUAUUGGGAACGAAACUAAACAGCAAAUGAUGGAGAAGCGCGGAAAAUUGCCCGAUGCCGUCGUCGCGUGUGUUGGGGGAGGUAGCAACGCCGUCGGCAUGUUCUACCCAUUCUCGAAUGAUCCCUCCGUUAAGCUGCUUGGCGUGGAAGCUGGCGGUGACGGUGUCGAUACGAACCGACAUAGCGCUACUUUGACGGGUGGUACCAAGGGCGUUCUCCACGGAGUCCGUACUUACGUCCUCCAAGACAAGCACGGCCAGAUCAGCGAUACACACUCCGUCUCCGCGGGUCUUGAUUAUCCUGGUGUUGGCCCCGAAUUAUCCUCUUGGAAGGACAACCAACGAGCCAAGUUCAUCGCUGCCACUGAUGCGGGGGCAUUCAUUGGAUUCCGUCUCAUCUCCCAACUUGAAGGCAUCAUCCCUGCGCUGGAGACUGCCCACGCUGUCUAUGGCGCCCUAGAACUUGCUAAGACGAUGAAGAAGGAUGAGGAUAUUGUGAUUUGUCUCAGCGGACGAGGCGAUAAGGAUGUACAGAGCGUGGCUGAUGAGCUGCCUAAGCUUGGACCGCAGAUUGGAUGGGAUCUGAGAUGCCUAGAGCGGAUUCCUAAGCGAAAAGCGAGCAUCCUGGACGGGCCUUCUACCCAACGGGCUAUUCUCAGCGGCGAGGCCUUUGAGCUCCAGGAGCUUUACAACCACGCAGCUGAGGCACGCGAGGGGACACAGGAAAGCCAGCGUGAACGGAAGCGGCGGGAGAAGCUCGAGCGGCUUCUCGAGGAGGACGAGAUGAAGUUCUCGCAUAGCUUGCAGUUUAAUGCUGUGCCGGACUGGAGCAGCCAUUAUAUUGCCUAUAGCAAUCUCAAGAAGCUGAUCUACACUCUCGAGCAGCGCAUCAACCAGCAGGUCGCCCACGCCGAUGCCGAGUCCUCGCCCUUGCUAAGCGGAGCCGCCGAAGAGCCCGAUAAAGUCUUCACGAAUGCGCUGGACCAAGAGCUGGAGAAGGUAUGCUCCUUUUACCAGCUCAAGGAGCUCGAGAUCUACGGGGAGCUGGACGACCUAUUAAAGGAUGAGGAGAACUACGAGGAGGAGCAAGAGGACUUCGAGCAUGAGCAGGAGAAUCAACCGCCGGGAAAGAGGGCCAGGAGUGCGAGCAUUUUCAAAAGCAUAGGGUUCGCGCGGCCGAGGCGGACAAGCACCCUCAGUCGGCGGUCAUACCUGGAAGAAGACGACGAGGCUGACUCGGACGACGAUGCCAACGAAACGUCACAACUGCGGAGGAAGAGCACUGAUGGGCGACGGAGGUGGGACGGUCACCACGACGAGGACAUGCAAGGCUCUACGGACUUCGCGUCUUCUAGGCGGAGGGCUAGCGUCGCCUUCGACGACUACAACGAUAUGGCAUUUUCAGCACUCUACGACGAAGGCGUGUCAUUGAAGAGGAGGACAAUCAGCAUAUACGUCAACCUAUGCGAAUUGCGGUCCUUCAUUCAGUUGAACAAGACCGGCUUCUCUAAAGUGCUGAAGAAGUACGAUAAGAUCUUGGAUCGAAAGCUGAAGAGCGCCUAUCUUGCCGAACACGUCGACAGAGGAUAUCCUUUUCAAAAGCCCACGAUAGAGAAUCUCGCCGAAAAUCUCACCCGGAUUGAAACUGCCUAUUCUCGUAUCUGCACAAAAGGCGACGUCGCGGAGGCCAAACGUGAACUCCGACUUCACCUGCGAGAACACGUGGUGUGGGAGCGGAACACUGUCUGGAGGGAGAUGAUCGGCAUCGAGAGGAAAGCUCAAGCCGCCAACAUCGGGAUCCGACAGACAAUGCUAGGGCGGGCCACAGACCCAAGAAAGGUGCGGUUGCAAGGCGAUGAAAUUGAACCUGAGCUCAAGGAAGUCUCUACCCCUAUUGGAAAAUAUCAAUGUCCGCGGUGGCUGUUCAGCAGUACCUUUUACACUCUUGUUCUCAUCCUAGCGCUGUUCUUUGUUCUGCUGUUUGUGCCCUUUAUGGAAAAGCCAGAGCAGCAGAACUGUUUAGCCAUGGUCGUGUUCAUCAGUCUGUUGUGGGCCACCGAGGCUAUUCCUCUCUUCGUGACAUCGCUGCUUGUUCCCUUCUUAGCCGUUACGCUCCGCGUUGUCCGCAGUGAUGCAAAGCCUCACGCGCGGCUGGAGUCGAAGCAAGCGGCUAGUUAUGUCUUUUCAGCUAUGUGGACCCCUGUAAUUAUGCUUCUUCUUGGAGGCUUUACGAUUGCAGCUGCUCUCUCGAAGUACAAUAUUGCUAAGAUGAUGGCGACAUUUGUCCUAAGCAAGGCGGGAACGAAACCACGUACUGUUCUCAUUACCAACAUGUUCGUUGCCAUGUUCGCCAGUAUGUGGAUCAGCAAUGUUGCUGCUCCUGUCUUGUGCUAUUCUAUUAUCCAGCCUAUCCUCCGGAAUCUUCCCUCCGACUCAGAUAUGACCAAGGCCCUUCUUCUUGGCAUCGCCCUCUCUUCCAACAUCGGCGGGGCUGCUUCACCUAUCGCCUCGCCCCAGAAUCUUAUCGCCCUGCAGAACAUGAACCCCGAGCCAAGCUGGGGUGUCUGGUUCUUCGUCGCGCUACCUGUCUGCAUCAUUUCUAUUCUCCUAAUCUGGCUUCUCCUGCUUGUGACUUUCAAACCCGGCCGCAACACUACUAUUGUCCCCAUCCGCCCACUCAAAGAUCACUUUACUGGCAUCCAAUGGUUCAUCAGCAUCGUCACCCUCAUCACUAUAGCUCUAUGGUGUGUGUCGCACCAACUCGAGCCCAUCUUCGGCGACAUGGGUGUCGUUGCUAUUAUUCCCCUCGUCCUAUUCUUCGGUACGGGCAUCUUGACAAAAGAAGACUUCAACAAUUUCCUCUGGACUAUUAUCAUCCUCGCUGCUGGUGGCCUGUCUCUUGGUAAAUCAGUCAACUCAUCAGGGUUACUACACACUAUUGCUCAGAGCAUCACCGAGAGAGUGGAUGGCAUGAGCCUAUAUGGGGUGCUAGUCGUGUUCGCAGCAUUGAUUCUAGUCGUCGCUACAUUCAUCAGCCACACAGUCGCCGCCCUGAUUGUCCUGCCUCUAGUGCAACAGGUCGGACAAGCUAUGCUGCAACCGCACCCCAACCUACUAGUCAUGGGGAGCGUGUUGAUGGCGUCUGCCGCUAUGGGGUUGCCCACUAGCGGCUUCCCCAAUAUGACGGCGAUCAUGAUGGAAGAUGGGCGAACAGGCCAACGAUACCUUGAAGUCAAACACUUCCUUACACGGGGUAUUCCGGCUUCGCUGAUUACGUUUGUGGUUGUUAUUACCGUAGGAUAUGGGUUGAUGCUUGUGGUGGGCUUUUGAGAUCUCGUAUAGUAGUAUUGUAUACAUACAUUACCCGCGUCCUGUGCUUUCUGGGUGAUUGGAAUCUGGAUGGCUGUGGAUUUUAAUGCUUACGAAUUUGGAUGGAUGGUGUUGGAUGGAGAUCUAGCGUUUUGGUUAUGGUGAAGCAUGGUUGCAUUCGAUGCGGCGUUGUAGAGAAAUGGAUUUUGCAGUACUACCGC